ACCUCAUCAUUUUGGGAGUUGAUUGGCCAUAGCCAUACAUAGAGUUACUCUCUCAACUCUCAGUCAUCCUCCCUCCCUUCCUCUUCAUCUCCUUCACACUCUUCCUUACACCCCUACCACAUGCCAAUGAGCUCCCCGGUGGUUGUCGGAGGCAGCGGCGGAGGAGGAGGAAUGCUUCUCUGCUCGCCCACGCCGGGUCUAUCUGCCUCCACCUUUAACCGAAUUUCUUCUCCGACUCUUCGACUCAAUUUUUCUACUGCCUUUGCCCUCAACAAUCAAGGUCGAUUUCUAUCCAAAACCCAUCUUAACAAUGGUAGAAGAGAACUCAGACUCGUCGUUGGAGCUGCGGAGUCAACUCAGUCGUCCUCCGUAGCCACCGUUACUGCCGACAAGUCCCUUGUGCCCGACGACGAGUUUUCACUCGCCAAAGUUUCUUUUGGUGUCAUUGGAUUAGGUGUUGGCGUUACACUUCUCUCGUAUGGUUUUGGGGCUUACUUCAAUAUUCUCCCAGGUUCUGAAUGGUCAGCACUGAUGUUGACCUAUGGCUUUCCUCUAGCAAUAAUUGGCAUGGCUCUCAAGUAUGCAGAGCUUAAACCUGUGCCCUGCUUGACCUACUCAGAUGCCCAGGAGCUGAGAGAAAAGUAUGCAACUCCAAUACUUAAGCAGGUCAGAAGUGAUGUUACAAGAUACCGUUACGGGGAUGAGCAGCAUCUGGAUGAAGCAUUAAAGCGAAUUUUCCAAUAUGGCCAGGGUGGAGGUAUUCCCCGAAGGAACGCUCCUACUCUACAAAUGAUCCGGGAAGAAGUUACUGAGGAUGGUAAAUACUGUCUGGUAUUGGUAUUUGAGGCAAAAGCCCUGGAGUUGUCAGAUUUUGAACAAAGACAGGCAAAAUUUGCUUCUUUCUUUGGGCCGGGGAUCACAGCUGAAAUUGUGGGAGGAGGCCAAAAUUUAUACGAGGUCAGGCUAAUUUCGAACACAGCAUCAUAGACAUGGAAAUUCUACAAGUCUUCUGUGGGAAACUGAAUAUAUUCUCAAGGGAUUUCGUAUAUCUAUAUGACCCGAUUGUAUAGCCUAUUUUCUUAAUAAUAUAGCAGCAGCAAAGGUGACGGUAUGAAAUUCUUUUUAGUUUCUCCCCUGUUUUUUUUGGGUUAUCAAAUAUACAGAACGCUUAGUUUUUUAUUGAGGAAUACCACAAAAAUAUGGGGUUUAAUGUAA